AUAUAGUAUGAUGCGAUUUGUUGUAAGAUUCCAUGUUGGUUUUCUGUUCUUUUACUUUCCCCCCAUAUCAAUUUCAGCUUUUUGCCAUAGAGACAUCAAGUUCAUCUAAUUACAGUGAAACCCACUUCAAGAAAUACAAGAUAUAAAUACAAGAGGGCAGCUUUGGACAUGUAUUCAAAUGCGUCCACACGGAAACUGAACAGAUUGUUGCCAUUAAAGAAAAGUGUUGGGCUUUGGACAAUGAGGUAGGACUCUAGUUGAUUUUGAUUUUUACAGAUUUUGCCAGAGAAGAUAUUUAGUCUUAGUAAAACUCUGGUAACAGCAUUCUUAAUGAAAUGCAGUUAUUUAAUUGCUUCAAUAUCAAUGUAUCAUUUACAUUUUUGUAUGAGUUGGACUAACAAUGCCAAACUUGUUUUGUAUCUCCAGGCAUGUAUCCUAAAAAAAUUGAUGGAAAAAAAGCUUGACAAAUGUAAUAUUGUCAAGUUCUAUGAUGGAUUGUUGGGGAACCAAUGUCUUGUCUUUGAGAACUUAGAUAUCACCCUGGGGGGGUUCCUCUCAGAAAUAAAGACUGCCAUGCGUCUCCAAGAUGUCAGAACAAUCAUCCAACAGAUGGCCGUAGCAUUUGAUGCCCUGAAGAGCAUCGGAGUGAUCCACACUGAUGUUCGCACCAAUAACAUCAUGCUGGUGGAUCGUGUCAGACCAUUCCGGGUGAAGCUGAUUGGUUUUGACAUGGCUAUUCCCAGCCACAAAGCCGAGAAGAGCAGGGUUGAUCAUGGCAGUUUCUACAGAGCUCCAGAAAUUAUGUUGGGAUUACCAUUUUCUGAGGCCAUUAACAUGUGGUCGCUGGGCUGUGUGAUGGCAGAAACACCCAGCAAGAACCAGGAAGCUGAACCUGAAAGCAACGAGGUAGCCGAACCCAACUUGAACCAGGAAGCUGAACCUGGAACCAAUGAGGUAGACGAACCCAGCAUGGAGGGAGAUGAAAAUGGAUUCUGGGGUAAUGUACGCCGCACAGUGCCAACAGGUGUCAUCAUGGUUCAGCCUCUACCUCCUGCAUUCAGUCUUCCACUGGUGGAGCUGGUAUCCUGUUUGCGAGAGGCACAGGCUGAACCUGGAACCAACGAGGCAGAGGAGGGAUACUAGAGUGCUAUAUGCCGCAUAGCGCCAUCAGGCGUCCUUAUGGUUCAGCCAUGUUGUGCUCGUGCUCCUGUUCUUACUCCAGCUCUGGCUCCAGCUAUGGGUCCUG